AGAGGGUUUUUAGGGAUUAAAGUCAAACUCUGGAUCUUCAUGCCUCUACAUUGAGCUGAGAUUUUCACACAGCACCAUGCUGACCGCAGGGGCCCUUCUCAUUAGCCUUAGUAUACUAUGUGUUCAUGGAAAUGACCCACAUCUGGAUGCCAUUUACAUCGACUACGAAGAUGACUACCCCACCGAGGCCCCUGGCUUUUUUUUUGAUACAGGUGACUGGCUGUUUGACCUCAUCGAUGAGAACAAUGCUUGUGAUCCAGACCCUUGCUUCAAUGGUGGCGAGUGCCAAGUUAAAUCCGACACAAAUUUCACGUGCAUAUGUCCUGAGCCUUACAUAGGGAAGCGAUGUCAAAGAGUGAAAGAUGUUUGCGAGAACGUCAGAUGUGGUCAUGGUGAAUGUGUCACCAAUCUAAACAAAGCCCCAUAUUAUGAGUGCAAGUGCAAACCUCCCUACCAAGGCCCAGACUGCAAGACAGUGUUUACCUGUGAGCCCAGUCCUUGCCAGAAUGGAGGCUCUUGCACAAAAGCAAACCGCCGCUUACGCUGUCUUUGUCCUGAUGGAUUUACCGGAAAGUUCUGUGAAAUUGCUUCCACUGACUGUUUUGAGGGAAAUGGAGCGUCGUACAGGGGUGUUGUCAGCACGACAGAAAAUGGGCAGGAGUGUUUGAACUGGCAUUCCUCCUUUAUUGUGAACAACGGGGAUGAUCCUUUUAACAUGUACUCAGACUUUACUGGACUGGAAAGAAACAACCACUGCAGAAACCCAGAUGGAGAUGACAAGCCUUGGUGUUAUACUAAAAGUCAAGGCCAACUGAGUUGGGCCUACUGCAAAGUCAAGAAGUGUGACGAAGUCCCAGCUACUCCACCCACGCCAGUCAUACCAGAUUCAGGCUCUGUCCCGUUCUCUCAGUGUGGGAUAUCUCAGCCAUUUCGCAAUAGCAGGAUUUUCGGCGGCCGCAAGUCUUCCCCUGGCGCCCACCCCUGGCAGGUGUCUGUGCAGAUCAGACCCACAGGUGCUCCCUUUGACUUUAGACACUAUUGUGGUGGGAUCCUCAUCACAUCCUGUUGGGUCCUCACUGCUGCACACUGCAUUGAACCUAACAAUGACUACCAAGUGGUGAUGGGAGGAGUGGACAUACUCAAACAGGAGGAAAGUGACCAGACCAUCCCAGUGAUACAAACGAUUGUUCAUGAGGACUACAGGGACACUCCAACAGCUCUUCACAAUGACAUUGCUCUGCUUAAACUCCAGGUUACAGACAGCCCUUACUGCGCCAAUGAAACCCGCUUUGUGAAGACAGUAUGUCUACCAGACCAGGCCUUUCCAGCUGGAAAGGAGUGUGUCAUCUCCGGAUGGGGAGCCACUGAAACAGAGAGGUACAGCAGCCAGCUGUUGAACGCUCGUGUUUUCCUGAUCUCUGAGCAGCGAUGUAAAAAUACUGUUUACGGAAGUGUGCUGGACGACAGCAUGAUAUGUGCAGGGACUCUGCAGGGUGGCAUCGACUCUUGUCAGGGUGACUCAGGUGGACCCUUGGUGUGUGAGCAAAAUGACAAACACUAUAUCACCGGUGUUGUGAGCUGGGGUUACGGCUGUGCUGAGAGGAACAAGCCUGGGAUCUAUGCUAACGUCAGCCAAUUUACCAACUGGAUCACAAGCAAGAUCAACUAAACUACAUCAAUUCAGUCAGUACUGUGGUGUUUGUUUUUUGCUCUGAAAAAUAUUGUUUAUUUGGGAUAAAAAAAAAAACUACACUACAGUUUGCCUUGAAAAAAAGAAAGUUUAUUUUAUCAGCAAUAAAACCAAGCAUUUACUCCCAGCCCAGCUUUGAGUUAAAAGGGGCACUGAUACAAACUCACGAAGCUGAACCUGCCAGACAAAAUUUAGAUCACACAUGAUUUCAGUAGGACUUCUUUCUCACUGAGCCUUGCUCGAAGUGCACUAGGUUGGCCUACCUUGUAAGAAAACUGCAUGUUGUUGCGCAUUUGAACUUGCAGCCUUUUGUAAAUCUAUAAAGAAAAAAAAAACUGAUGAAAAAAUCCUCUGCAGUCCUGGCCAUUCAGCUUCAUAUCUUCCUCACACACUCAAUAUACAAAAACAGAAUGCUAGCUUUCCUUUCCAAACACUCACUUUUGUCUUAAAAACAACCUAAACUGAGUUUUGGUAAUCUUGAUGUUUUUGCUUUAGCUGGUUUUGAACAUGGUCCUUUUGAGGAGAUACCUUGUAUUCAAUCUGAAAAUAAAGAUUCUGUUUGAACUCUU